CCCCGCAGAUCUCUCCCCGCCCACGCAUCCGUCGCCCCGGCCGCUGCCCCCGCGCUAGUUAUCGCAUAGCUCUCGAGAGCUCCGCAACCAUAGCGUCAUCCCGACUUCAGUCUGCCACAAGAGCAAUUGCACGCCAGCCAGGUCAUAGAAGCCUGCUGCAGAGAAACACACUGCCCUCGAUAGCGCAAAGAACAUACGCCAUGGGUCACUCAGUACCGCCUCUUAGCGAUAAGUCACUCCUCAAGGAGCAGACAUAUGUCAACGGGCAAUGGAUCAACGCAAAAUCAGGAAAGACCUUCGAGGUCACCGACCCAGCAUCAGGGAAGCCGAUAGGUACCGUCCCUGAGAUGGAUCGCGCCGACACCGAGGCCGCCAUUGCCGCCGCUGCUGCUGCAUUCCCCUCAUUCCGCAAAACCACCGGCCGCGAACGUUCACGUAUGCUGCGCAAAUGGUAUCAGCUGAUGAUCGACAACGCCGACGAUUUGGCCAAACUGAUAACGUGGGAGAAUGGGAAGCCGAUGGCUGAUGCCAAAGGCGAAGUCACAUACGCAGCCAACUUCUUUGAGUGGUUCAGCGAGGAAGCUCCUAGGACGUAUGGCCAGACAAUUCCCGCGAGUGUGGCUGGGAACAGGGUCUUUACUCUCAAAGAACCGGUUGGUGUAGUGGGUUUGAUCACUCCAUGGAACUUUCCCGCUGCCAUGAUCACCCGGAAAAUCGGACCUGCGCUCGCAGCCGGAUGCACAGUCGUCGCCAAAUCCCCUGGAGAGACCCCUUUCACCGCCGCCGCCCUGGCCGAACUCGCCCACCGCGCCGGUAUUCCCAAGGGAGUCGUCAACUUUGUCACAGCGCUCAAGAACACACCCGAAGUCGGCGAAGCCAUAACAUCCUCCAAAACCGUCAAGAAAGUCUCCUUCACGGGCUCCACUGGCGUCGGCAAACUCCUCAUGAAGCAAUCCUCGGAUACCCUCAAGAAACUUUCCUUCGAGCUCGGCGGAAACGCCCCCUUUAUCGUUUUCGACGAUGCUGAUCUGGACACCGCCGUAGCAGGCGCCCUGGCUUCCAAAUUCCGCUCCUCGGGCCAAACCUGCGUCUGCGCGAACCGUCUCUACAUCCAAUCCGGCAUCUACGACGCCUUUGCCUCCAAAUUCGCCGAAAAAGUCAAGGACUUCAAAGUAGGCAGCGGCUACGCUGAAGGCGUCACCCACGGACCUUUGAUCCACGACCGCGCUGUAUCCAAGGUCGAAGCCCACGUCCAGGAUGCCGUCAAGCAAGGCGGCACCGUCCUCGUCGGCGGUCAGAAACUGCCGGACCUGGGCGAGAACUACUUCCAACCUACCGUGAUCCGCGACAUGACUGCCGACAUGGCGCUCGCGCACGAGGAAACGUUCGGCCCCGUCGCAGGGCUCUUCAAGUUCGACACGGAAGCUGAUGUCGUCAAGCUCGCAAACGAUACGGAUGUGGGGCUUGCUGGGUACUUCUUCAGCCGCGAUGUCCAGCGCUGCUACCGCGUUGCUGAGGCGUUGGAGGUUGGCAUGGUCGGUGUGAAUACGGGCCUCAUCAGCGACCCUGCCGCUCCGUUUGGUGGUGUCAAGGAGAGCGGCUUUGGAAGGGAAGGAAGCAGUCUAGGAAUUGACGAAUACAUGGUUACCAAGAUGGUUACGUUGGGUGGGAUGGGCCAGGAGUUGCAGUCCUCGUAG